UGAUUGAUUUUUUUUUUAUUUUUUUUUUAUCUUUUUAUUUUUUAGCAGAGUGUGGAACCUUAACCCAAUGCAAUUGUGGGUGUGGGAGGAAUUGGAAGACCUCCAGUAGGGCAUGAACAAAGUGUUGAAUGAAAGAGUUGGGUGAUCAGCUCACAUAGUUAGCUGUCCUACCCCAACCAUACACAAUUAAUUACCUUUGUAUGGACAUUGGACACCACCUCACAAUAAUAUCCACGAUCAACAAUAAAGGCCUCCUCCGAGCCUCCAACUACUCAACCCAUCAUCUUUCAAGUCUCGUAUUUAACGACCUUGGGUUGGGCUCUCCUCACAUCAGAGAGGUGGGUUUUGCGCCUGAUUUCUCCUCCUCUGCUUCUUGUUUUGAUCUUCUAGGAGAUAUUGUUUUGCAGAUCCAGAGUCCAUUUCUUUCUCUUUCUAUUCUCUCUCAUUUGAACCUUUUAUCACAUCUUGGAGAUGAAGGUCACGGUGGUUACGCGGAGUGGUAGAGAGCUCAUCAAGGGUGGGCUUGAGCUCGAUGAGUCGGCUACUGUGGUUGACCUGCAGGAGGCAAUUCAUCGGCGAACCAAAAAAUACUAUCCCUCCAGACAGCGGCUAACCCUACCCCUCCAACCGGGCUCAAAGGAGAGGCCUGUUGCACUUAACUACAAAAAGAGUGUCAAAGAUUAUUGUGAUGGAAACUCAAGCAACUUAACUGUAGUGUUCAAGGAUCUGGGUCCACAAAUCUCCUAUAGGACACUUUUCUUCUGGGAGUACUUGGGUCCUCUUCUCAUAUAUCCCAUCUUCUACUUCUUCCCUGUUUACCAGUACUUCGGUUAUAAAGGGGAGCGUCUCAUCCACCCAGUUCAGACGUAUGCCUUGUACUACUGGUGCUUCCACUACUUCAAACGUAUCAUGGAAACCUUUUUUGUGCAUCGGUUCAGUCAUGCAACUUCACCGCUCUCUAAUGUUUUCAGGAAUUGUGCUUAUUAUUGGACCUUUGGCUCUUAUAUUGCUUACUAUGUGAACCACCCACUUUACACCCCUGUUAGUGACCUCCAAAUGAAAAUUGGGUUUGGGUUUGGGUUGGUUUGUCAGGUUACAAACUUCUAUUGCCAUAUCUUGUUGAGGAAUCUUCGAAGCCCUGAUGGAAAUGGAGGGUACCAAAUUCCUCAUGGGUUUCUAUUCAAUAUUGUGACAUGUGCAAAUUACACAACAGAGAUCUAUCAGUGGGUGGGCUUCAAUAUUGCAACACAGACUGUUGCGGGCUAUGUCUUUCUUGUUGUUGCUGCUGCUAUCAUGACCAACUGGGCCCUUGCAAAGCACCGUCGUUUGAGGAAGGUAACUUGCUUUUCUCUUUUCCUGAACAAGUUAUUUCCAAUUCUUUUGCAUACUCUUAAAGAGGCAUGUGCUUCUUACACAAUAAAUAGGGGCUCUAAUUCAGGAUUUCUAUCUGAUUCAAGUUUGUAUCAGAUCCAUUUCCUUGGGUGCUUUUCCUUUUAUGUUUCCUCCUAAGAAUUUCUUAUGCUUGUCUGUUAUUAAGGAUGUUGCAUGACUCUGCAUGAUUAUGUGUCUGCAUCUCUACGUGCGAGCACACACAUACAUUCACAUGUCCGAGUUUGCCCACCUGAGAACCUGGAAUCUUAUAGGAAAGAUUUACUGUUAAUCAUAAACAAAUUUGUUAAUGGAUUUGUCCUACAUUUUGCUGCAAUUUUGGUCAUGGUACCUUAAAAAAGGUGUAUCAUAACCAAAACCAACAUAGCACAGAUUCGAGGGAGAGUCCUUUCUUUGGCAUGCCUAGAUUUAUAAUAAGCAUUAAACUGAUUAUCAUCCAUUCCAAAGGACACCAUGGACCCAGAUUUUAAAGACAUGUUCUUAAUGUACAAGGAUCCUUAAUUGUCAGUUUGAGUGUUGUCUUCUGGAUCCAUGUCCUUCAUUGAUGCAUGAUUGUGAGUGAAUAAAAUAAGAAACUAUGGUUUCAUUUGCCGUCUUGUCUCUCUCUCCUGUCUGCUAGACUGUUUUUGUUUCUUUAACUUGGGCUCAUUGUCAUGUGCAGCUAUUUGAUGGAAAGGAGGGAAGACCCAAGUACCCACGCCGAUGGGUGAUACUACCCCCAUUCCUGUAGAAGUGGGAAGCAGGCCUGCCAUUCGGUUAGUCUCUUUUCAUUCAAGGGUCUGGAUUCACAGCAUGAUUGGGAUCCUUGAAGGUCAAUUCUUGUGGGAAAUGAACUAAAAAGAGAUGACAUUCAAUGCCUGUUUUCUCUUGGUGAGCUUAGUUUUCUAUUUAGACAGUGUAAUCCAUUUGAAUUUGUUCCCAUCCUUGGGAUCCUACUUGGGGAUAUUCUCUUAUUUCUUCUUAUCAAAUUAUCGUUUGGAGAGUUCUA